AUGGGCUCCGGGCUCUCCGUGGACGACUCGGUGCGCGUCGUGGUGCUCGGGGGCGGCUUCGGCGGCGCCGCCGCCGCCGGCCGCCUGCGCUCCUGGGGCRUCCCCUUCGCGCUGGUGGACGCGCGCGACGCCUUCCACCACAACGUGGGCGCCCUGCGCGCCGCCGCGCAGAGCGGGUUUGCCAGGAAGACCUUCAUCUCCUUGGCCGCCGCCUUCGGCGACAGCUUCCACCAAGGCCACGCCGUGGGCAUCGACGCCGAGAGGCAGCAGGUCCUGCUAAGCAGCGGCGAGGAGCUCCACUACUCCCACCUCAUUCUCGCCACGGGCAGCGACGGGCCCUUCCCCGGCAAGUUCCACAAGGUGGUCGACAUGGAAAGCGCCAUCCAGGCCUACGAGGACAUGAACAAGGAGCUCGAGAAGUCCCCGCGCGUCCUGGUCGUGGGAGGAGGCUCCGCUGGGGUGGAGAUGGCGGCCGAGAUCAAGACGGAGCACCCGGCCAAGGAGGUCACCCUCAUACACUCCAAGAUGGCACUGGCCGACGUGGAGCUGCUCCACAGCGUGCGGCAGGAGGUCAAGGAGAUUCUCCUCCGGAAAGGAGUGCGCCUCCUCUUGAGUGACAGGGUCAGCAACCUGGAGGAGCUCACUCUAAACCGCUUCCAGAAGGACAUGGUGGUACGGACGGAAAGAGGCUCCGAGGUGACUGUUGACAUGGUCAUCCCGUGCACGGGGAUAAGGAUCAACUCCUCGGCCUACGCCAGCGCGUUUGGGGACAAAAUGGCAAGCAACGGCGCCCUGAGGGUCAACCAGCACCUGCAGCUGGAAGGCUACGAGAACGUCUACGCCAUCGGGGACUGCGCGGACCUGCGGGAGCCCAAGAUGGCCUACCACGCCGGGCUGCACGCCGACGUCGCCGUCACCAACAUCGUCAACAGCCUGAGGAAGAAGCCCCUCAAAGCCUACCAACCAGGGUCCCUAACGUUCCUGCUCUCCAUGGGCAAGGACGACGGCGUGGGGCAGAUCAACGGCUACCACGUGGGGCGCCUCGUGGUGACGACCGCCAAGAGCCGCGACCUCUUCGUCCACAAGAGCUGGAAGACCUUGGGGCAGCCCAUGCCCAACUAGGGUGGGGGUCCCAGCCCUGCAGGGGCUGUAGCAA